AUGACAGAAGAUUGGAAACAAAAAUUCAUUGAUCUGUGUAGUAAAUCCACACAACGUGAAGAAGUUAUAAACAAUCUUCAGCAGGAAAAUAACAAAUCUAGGGAUUUAAUCAAUGAACUCAGCGCAGAACUUGCCAGCACCAGAAGGCAAUUAGGAGAACUACAAGGACAACGUCGAAAACAGCAAGAACAGCAAAAUAGUGAAAUAUCACGCGAAUUAGCAAAUACUAGAAAAGAAUUGGUGGAUUUAAAACUCGAAUUUUCUAAAAAAGAAACAGAGGUUGAAGAAAAAAUUCAAGAAAAUCAAAAUAUGAAGAAAGAGAUGGAAACAAACAAAAAUAGCAUAAAAACAUUAAAAAAUAAAAUAAAUUUAUUACAAGACGAGUGUACAGCAUAUAGGAUUCACGGUCGAGCUACAUUAGCCGGUAAAACCAUUAAACGAACAGAAUCGAUGGAUGAGCAGAUAAGAACGUUGAGUGAUGAAAACGAAUCCUUAAAAAAGAAAUUUGACCUUCAAGAAGAUCUUCACAGACAACAUAUAAAGAUUAUGAAUGAAAGAAUAGAACAAUCAGAGGCUGUAAAAAAUCUUUUGAUGAAUCUUCAAGGCAAGACUGAAGCUGAUGUGAAAGUGAUGUUGGAUGAGCAAGAACAAAAGCAAGAUCAACAUUCUUUUGAAAGUCACGAUAGCAUCAGCAACGUUAGUAAUGCAGCAGUGAACCAAACAACUUCAAAAAGUAGUAACGGAAGUGUUUCCAAGUUGUCAGCACCACCUAUCAAUAUAUUUUCACCUGCAACCACUGCUAAUGCAUUUAAAAUAUUCUGA